GCAGUCAGGGGAGGAGGUGGCUCUUCCAGGUACAAGGUCAGAAACUUCCUUUGGGAACUCAGCCCCUCUGAGUGCUUCCGUUUGUACAUGCUGAGUCACUCUUCAGGGUGUUGUGAGAGGAGAUCUGAACGCCCGACAUGGAUGUCCUGACCUAUGAUGAUGUGCAUGUGAACUUCACUGAGGAAGAGUGGGCAUUGCUGAAUCCUUCUCAGAAGAGUCUCUACCAAUGUGUAAUGCUGGAGACCUGUAGGAAUCUCAGUGCUAUAGGCUACAUUUGGGAAGACCAUACUACUGAAGAAUAUUGUAAAAGUUCUGGAAGACAUGGAAGGUAUGAAAGAAGUUUUACUGGAAAGCAAACCUUUGAUUUUAUUCAGUAUGGUAAUGGCUUUGCAGUUCAGAGUCCUACCCAAAGGCAUAAUGGAGAGAAGCCCUAUGAAAGUAACCUAUGUGGUAAAGCUUUUGUACAGAGGAAUAAUCUCAAAACACAUAAAAGGACACAUAAUGGAGAAGAACCUUCUGAAUGUAACCAAUGUUGUAAAGACUUUGUAGGAAGCAGUGCUCUCCAAAAUCAUAAAGGAACUCACACAGGAGAGAAACUCUGUGAAUGUAAUCAAUACGGUAAAGCCUUUGCACAAAGGAGUAGUCUCAAAAGACAUAAAAGGACAUGUAAUGGAGAAAAACGUUAUAAAUAUAACCAAUCUCGUAAAGCCUUUGUCCAAAACCAUGGUCUACAAAAACAUAAAAGAACCCAUACAUUACAGAAACCCUAUGAAUGUAACCAAUGUUGUAAAGCCUUUGCAGGAAUCAGUGAUCUCCAAAGACAUAUAAGAAUUCAUACAGGAGAAAAACCCUACGAAUGUAACCAAUGUGGCAAAGCCUUUGCCCAAAGCAGCACUCUCCAAAAUCAUAAAAGAACACACACUGGAGAGAAACCCUAUGAAUGUAACCAAUGUGGCAAAGCCUUUGCACAAAGCACUGCUCUCCAAAGACAUAUAAGCACUCAUACAGGAGAGAAACCCUAUGAAUGUAACCAAUGUUGUAAAGCCUUUGCAGGAAGCAGUCAUGUCCAAAGCCAUAUAAGAAUUCAUACAGGAGAAAAACCCUACGAAUGUAACCAAUGUGGCAAAGCCUUUGCCCAAAGCAGCACUCUCCAAAAUCAUAAAAGAACACACACUGGAGAGAAACCCUACGAAUGUAACCAAUGUGGCCAAACCUUUGCAUACAGGAGUAUUCUCCAAAGACAUAUAAGCACUCAUACAGGAGAGAAACCCUAUGAAUGUAACCAAUGUGGCAAAGCCUUUGCAGACCGCAGUUCUCUCCAGCGUCAUAAAAGAACACACACAGGAGAGAAACCCUAUGAAUGUAACCAAUGUGGCAAAGCCUUUGCACAAAGCAGUACUCUCCAAAUACAUAUAAGAACUCAUACAGGAGAGAAACCCUAUGAAUGUAACCAAUGUUGUAAAGCCUUUGCAGAAAGCAGUCAUCUUCAAAGCCAUAUAAGAAUUCAUACAGGAGAAAAACCCUAUGAAUGUAACCAAUGUGGCAAAGCCUUUGCCCAAAGCAGCACUCUCCAAAUUCAUAAAAGAACACACACUGGAGAGAAACCCUAUGAAUGUAACCAAUGUGGCCAAACCUUUCCAUACGGGAGUAGUCUCCAAAAACAUAAAAGAACACACACAGGAGAGAAACCCUAUGAAUGUAAUCAAUGUGGCAAAGCCUUUGCACAGAGAAGUCGUCUCCAAAUACAUGUAAGAACUCAUACAGGAGAGAAACCCUACGAAUGUAACCAAUGUGGCAAAGCCUUUGCAGACAGCAGUUCUCUCCAACAACAUAAAAGAACACACACAGGAGAGAAACCCUAUGAAUGUAACCAAUGUGGCAAAGCCUUUGUACGCAGCAGGACUCUCCAAAGACAUAUAAGAACACACAGAGAAGAGAAGCCCUAUGAGUGUAACGAAUGUGGCAAAGCCUUUGCACAAAGGAGUAAUCUCAAAAGACAUUAAAGAACAUAUAAUUGAGAAAAACCUUAUGAAUUAACCAGUGUUGCAAACCCUUUGUAAAAUGUGGUGAUCAAACCCCGUGGGAAAGAGCCCUCACCGCCUGGUCAGGUGGGCACUCCUGAGGCUGCAGAGCGGGAGAGACCACCAACACUGCCCACCCCUGCCCACAUCCCUGGCCCAAGAGGAAACUGUAUACAGCCUCUGGGUUCCUGCAGAGGAGGGCCCAGGAGCAGCAGGUCCGCUACAUCUGAGAGACCGCCGGAACCUGAAGGGACUGACGGGAUAAACAGUUCUCUGCACCCAAAUCCUGUGGGAGGGAGAGCUAAACCUUCAGAGAGGCAGACACACCUGGGAAACCAGAAGAGACUGCACUCUGCAUACGUUACUGAUUACAGAAGAAAACACCAAACGCCAUCUGGAACCCUGGUGCACGGACGCUCGUGGAAAGGGCGGCGCAGAUCUUCCUGGUUGCUGCUGCCGAGGAGAGCUCAUAAGCAACACCCCACGAGGAAACUUGAGCCUUGGGACCACAGGUAAGACCAACUUUUCUGCUCCAAGCAAACUGCCUGGUGAACUCAAGACACAGACCCCCAGGAACAGCUGAAGACCUGUAGAUAGGAAAAACUACACGCCCAAAGCAGAACACUCUGUCCCCAUAACUGGCUGAAAGAAAACAGGAAAACAGGUCUACAGCACUCCUGAAACACAGGCUUAUAGGACAGUCUAACCACUGUCAGAAAUAGCAGAACAGGGGUUGGGGAUUUAGCUCAGCGGUAGAGCACUUGCCUAGCAAGCGGAAGGCCCUGGGUUCGGUCCCCAGCUCCGGAAAAUAAAAAAAAAGAGAAAUCACAGAACAAAGUAACACUAGAGAUAAUCUGAUGGCGAGAGGCAAGUGCAGGAACCCAAGCAACAGAAACCAAGACUAUAUGGCAUCAUCGGAGCCCAAUUCUCCCACGAAAGCAAACACGGAAUAUCCAAACAGACCAGAAAAGCAAGAUCUAGUUUCAAAAUCAUAUUUGAUCAUGAUGCUGGAGGACUUCAAGAAAGACGUGAAGAACUCCCUUAGAGAACAAGUAGAAGCCUACAGAAAGGAAUCGCAAAAAUCCCUAAAAGAAUUCCAGGAAAAUAUAAAUAAACAAGUAGAAGCCCAUAGAGAGGAGUCACAAAAAUCCCUGAAAGAAUUCCAGGAAAACACAAUCAAACAGUUGAAGGAAUUAAAAAUGGAAAUAGAAGCAAUCAAGAAAGAACACAUGAAAACAACCCUGGAUAUAGAAAACCAAAAGAAGAGACAAGGAGUUGUAGAUAAGAGCUUCACCAACAGAAUACAAGAGACGGAAGAGAGAAUCUCAGGAGCAGAAGAUUUCAUAGAAAUCAUCGACUCAACUGUCAAAGAUAAUGUAAAGCGGAAAAAGCUACUGGUCCAAAACAUACAGGAAAUGCAGGACUCAAUGAGAAGAUCAAACCUAAGGAUGAUAGGUAUAGAAGAGAGUGAAGACUCCCAGCUCAAAGGACCAGUAAAUAUCUUCAACAAAACCAUAGAAGAAAACUUCCCUAACCUAAAGAAAGAGAUACCCAUAAACAUAGAAGAAGCCUACAGAACUCCUAAUAGAUUGGACCAGAAAAGAAACUCUUCCCGUCACAUAAUAGUCAAAACACCAAACACACAAAACAAAGAAAGAAUAUUAAAAGCAGUAAGGGAAAAAGGUCAAGUAACAUAUAAAGGCAGACCUAUCAGAAUCACACCAGACUUUUCGCCAGAAACUAUGGAAGCCAGAAGAUCCUGGACAGAUGUCAUACAGACCCUAAGAGAACACAAAUGCCAGCCCAGGUUACUGUAUCCUGCAAAACUCUCAAUUAACAUAGAUGGAGAAACCAAGAUAUUCCAUGACAAAACCAAAUUUACACAAUAUCUUUCUACAAAUCCAGCACUACAAAGGAUAAUAAAUGGUAAAGCCCAACAUAAGGAGGCAAGCUAUACCCUAGAAGAAGCAAGAAACUAAUCGUCUUGGCAACAAAACAAAGAGAAGAAAAGCACACAAACAUAACCUCAUAUCCAAAUAUGAAUAUAACAGGAAGCAAUAAUCACUAUUCCUUAAUAUCUCUCAACAUCAAUGGCCUCAACUCCCCAAUAAAAAGACAUAGAUUAACAAACUGGAUAUGCAACGAGGACCCUGCAUUCUGCUGCCUACAGGAAACACACCUCAGAGACAGACAGACACUACCUCAGAGUAAAAGGCUGGAAAACAACUUUCCAAGCAAAUGGUCAGAAGAAGCAAGCUGGAGUAGCCAUUCUAAUAUCAAAUAAAAUCAAUUUUCAACUAAAAGUCAUGAAAAAAGAUAAGGAAGGACACUUCAUAUUCAUCAAAGGAAAAAUCCACCAAGAUGAACUCUCAAUCCUAAAUAUCUAUGCCCCAAAUACAAGGGCACCUACAUAUGUAAAAGAAACCUUACUAAAGCUCAAAACACACAUUGCACCUCACACAAUAAUAGUAGGAGAUUUCAACACCCCACUCUCAUCAAUGGACAAAUCAUGGAAACAGAAAUUAAACAGAGACGUACACAGACUAAGAGAAGUCAUGAACCAAAUGGACUUAACAGAUAUUUAUAGAACAUUCUAUCCUAAAGCAAAAGGAUAUACCUUCUUCUCAGCUUCUCAUGGUACUUUCUCCACAAUAAACCAUAUAAUUGGUCAAAAAACGGGCCCCAACAGGUACAGACAGAUAGAAAUAAUCCCAUGCGUCCUAUCAGACCACCACGGCCUAAAGCUGGUCUUCAAUAACAAUAAGGGAAGAAUGCCUGUUGUGGUUUGCCUUGAAAUUUUCUCUGAAUUUGUUAAAGGCAAGAGCGUGAGAUUUGGACAGAGGGAAAAGUCAGGAGCAAGAGGGGGAUUAGAUUCAAAGAAUAGGGUUAGAGAGGACAGUUGGCGACAGUUGAGCCAGUGGAACCUGAGCAGGAGGGGGAGAGGAUGGAACAGUUGAGAGUGUGAGGGGAGGAGAAGGAAGCUAGGAGGAGAAGGGAACGGUUUAGAGACAGGAUGGGGAACUGAGAAGAGUUAGAAGAGACAGGAGAUGGAGAGAGGGGAGAAGCUAGGAAUCGUUGUAAGAGAAAGAGAAACUAAAGCAUGAAAGGGUUGAUAUAUUUGGGAGAGUGAGUAAAGUAAAGAGAGAGAGAGAGGAGAAGCAAGGAGUCGUUGUGGGAGAAGGAGAAGCUGGAGACUUGGUAAAUAAAAGGUGCAAGGGAUAGAUGGUACCGGGCUUUGUAUGUUUAAGUGGGCAAUUAUAUCUUACCAAUUGGAUCUAAGAUUAUUGUGUGGUGUGUUUUUAUAUGUAAGAGUCUCAGUGUAAGAAAGUGUGUGGCUGGGCUGUGUUUCCGCCAAGAUAUCCAGCAGAUAUCUGGGGCACUGAGGUGUGGAACCCAAGCAGGGUAAAACACCCAGAGAAAAACAUUUACCGUUUCAUUUUUAUUUUUUUAUUUUUAUUAUUUUUUACAACAACAAAUGCCCACAUAUACGUGGAAAUUGAACAAUGCUCUACUCAAUGAUAACCUGGUCAAGGAAGAAAUAAAGAAAGAAAUUAAAGACUUUUUAGAAUUUAAUGAAAAUGAAGGUACAACAUACCCAAACUUAUGGGACACAAUGAAAGCUGUGCUAAGAGGAAAACUCAUAGCGCUGAGUGCCUGCAGAAAGAAACAGGAAAGAGCGUAUGUCACCAGCUUGACAGCACACCUAAAAGCUCUAGAACAAAAAGCAGCAAAUACACCCAGGAGGAGUAGAAGGCAGGAAAUGAACAAACUCAGAGCUGAAAUCAACCAAGUAGAAACAAAAAGGACCAUAGUAAGAAUCAACAGAACCAAAAGUUGGUUCUUUGAGAAAAUCUACAAGAUAGAUAAACCCUUAGCCAGACUAACAAGAGGACCCAGAGAGUGUGUCCAAAUUAACAAAAUCAGAAAUGAAAAGGGAGACAUAACUACAGAUUCAGAGGAAAUUCAAAAAAAUCAUCAGAUCUUACUAUAAAAGCCUAUAUUCAACAAAACUUGAAAAUCUGCAGGAAAUGGACAAUUUCCUAGACAGAUACCAGGUACCGAAGUUAAAUCAGGAACAGAUAAACCAGUUAAACAACCACAUAACUCCUAAGGAAAUAGAAGCAGUCAUUAAAGGUCUCCCAACCAAAAAGAGCCCAGGUCCAGACAGGUUUAGUGCAGAAUUCUAUCAGACCUUCAUAUAAGACCUCAUACCAAUAUUAUCCAAACUAUUCCACAAAAUUGAAAAAGAUGGAGCACUACCAAAUUCCUUCUAUGAAGCCACAAUUACUCUUAUACCUAAACCAGACAAAGACCCAACAAAGAAAGAGAACUUCAGACCAAUUUCCCUUAUGAAUAUCGACGCAAAAAUACUCAAUAAAAUUCUGGCAAAACGAAUCCAAGAGCACAUCAAAACAGUCAUCCACCAUGAUCAAGUAGGCUUAAUCCCAGGCAUGCAGGGAUGGUUUAAUAUACGGAAAACCAUCAACGUGUUCCAUUAUAUAAACAAACUGAAAGAACAAAACCACAUGAUCAUUUCAUUAGAUGCUGAGAAAGCAUUUGACAAAAUUCAACACCCCUUCAUGAUAAAAGUCCUGGAAAGAAUAGGAAUUCAAGGCCCAUACCUAAACAUAGUAAAAUCCAUAUACAGCAAACCAGUUGCUAACAUUAAACUAAAUGGAGAGAAACUUGAAGCAAUCCCACUAAAAUUAGUGACUAGACAAGGCUGCCCAUUCUCUCCCUACUUAUUCGAUAUAGUUCUUGAAGUUCUAGCCAGAGCAAUCAGACAACAAAAGGAGGUCAAGGGGAUACAGAUCAGAAAAGAAGAAGUCAAAAUAUCACUAUUUGCAGAUGAUAUCAUAGUAUAUUUAAGUGAUUCCAAAAGUUCCAUCAGAGAACUACUACAGCUGAUAAACAACUUCAGGAAAAGUGGCUGGGUAUAAAAUUAACUCAAAUAAGUCAGAAGCCUUCCUCUACACAAAAGAGAAACAAGCCAAGAAAGAAAUUAGGGAAACGACACCCUUCAUAAUAGAUCCAAAUAAUAUAAAGUACCUCGGUGUGACUUUAACCAAGCAAGUAAAAGAUCUGUACAAUAAGAACUUCAAGACUCUGAAGAAAGAAAUUGAAGAAGACCUCAGAAGAUGGAAAGAUCUCCCAUGCUCAUGGAUUGGCAGGAUUAAUAUAGUAAAAAUGGCCAUUUUACCAAAAGCAAUCUACAGAUUCAAUGCAAUCCCCAUCAAAAUACCAAUCCAAUUCUUCAAAGAGUUAGACAGAACAAUUUGCAAAUUCAUCUGGAAUAACAAAAAACCCAGGAUAGCUAAAACUAUCCUCAACAAUGAAAGGACUUCAGGGGGAAUCACUACCCCUGAACUCAAGCAGUAUUACAGAGCAAUAGUGAUAAAAACUGCAUGGUAUUGGUACAGAGACAGAUAGACCAGUGGAAUAGAAUUGAAGACCCAGAAAUGAACCCACACACCUAUGGGCACUUGAUUUUUGACAAAGGAGCCAAAACCAUCAAAUGGAAAAAAGAUAGCAUUUUCAACAGAUGGGGCUGGUUCAACUGGAGGUCAACAUGUAGAAGAAUGCAGAUCAAUCCAUGCUUAUCACGCUGUACAAAGCUUAAGUCCAAGUGGAUAAAGGACCUCCACAUCAAACCAGAUACACUCAAACUAAUAGAAUAAAAACUGGGGAAGUAUCUGGAACACAUGGGCACUGGAAAAAUUUUCCUGAACAAAGCACCAAUGGCUUAUGCUCUAAGAUCAAGAAUCGACAAAUGGGAUCUCAUAAAACUGCAAAGCUUCUGUAAGGCAAAGGACACUGUGGUUAGGACAAAACGGCAACCAACAGAUUGGGAAAAGAUCUUUACCAAUCCUACAACAGAUAGAAGCCUUAUAUCCAAAAUAUACAAAGAACUCAAGAAGUUAGACCGCAGGGAGACAAAUAACCCUAUUAAAAAAUGGGGUUCAGAGCUAAACAAAGAAUUCACAGCUGAGGAAUGCCGAAUAGCUGAGAAACACCUAAAGAAAUGUUCAACAUCUUUAGUCAUAAGGGAAAUGCAAAUCAAAACAACCCUGAGAUUUCACCUCACACCAGUGAGAAUGGCUAAGAUCAAAAACUCAGGUGACAGCAAAUGCUGGCGAGGAUGUGGAGAAAGAGGAACACUCCUCCAUUGUUGGUGGGAUUGCAGACUGGUACAACCAUUCUGGAAAUCAGUCUGGAGGUUCCUCAGAAAAUUGGACAUUGAACUGCCUGAGGAUCCAGCUAUACCUCUCUUGGGCAUAUACCCAAAAGAUGCCCCAACAUAUAAAAAACACGUGAUCCACUAUGUUCAUAGCAGCCUUAUUUAUAAUAGCCAGAAGCUGGAAAGAACCCAGAUGCCAUUCAACAGAGAAAUGGAUACAGAAAAUGUGGUACAUCUACACAAUGGAAUAUUACUCAGCUAUCAAAAAAAUGACUAUGAAAUUCGUAGGCAAAUGGUUGGAACUGGAAAAUAUCAUCCUGAGUGAGUAACGCAAUCACAGAAAAACACACAUGGAAUGCACUCAUUGAUAAGUGGCUAUUAGCCCAAAUGCUUGAAUUACCCUAGGCCUAGAACACAUGAAACUCAAGACGGAUGAUCAAAAUGUGAAUGCUUCACUCCUUCUUUAAAACGGGGAACAAGAAUACCCUUGGCAGGGAAUAGAGAGGCAAAGAUUAAAACAGAGACAGAAGGAACACCCAUUCAGAACCUGCCCUACAUGUGGCCCAUACAUAUACAGCCACCCAAUUAGACAAGAUGGAUGAAGCAAAGAAGUGCAGGCCGACAGGAGCCAGAUGUAGAUCUCUCCUGAGAGACACAGCCAGAAUACAGCAAAUAAAGAGGCAAAUGCCAGCAGCAAACCACUGAACUGAGAACGGGAUCCCCGUUGAAGGAAUCAGAGAAAGAACUGGAAGAGCUUGAAGGAGCUCGAGACCCCUUAUGAACAACAAUGCCAAGCAACCAGAGCUUCCAGGGACUAAGCCACUACCUAAAGACUAUACAUGGACUGACCCUGGACUCUGGACUCUGACCUCAUAGGUAGCAAUGAUUUUCUAGAAAGAGCAUCAGUUGAAGGGGAAGCCCUUGGUCCUGCUAAGACUGAAUCCCCAGUGAAAGUGAUUGUUGGGGGGAGGGCGGCAGUGGGGGGAGGAUGCGGAGGGGAACACCCAUAAAGAAGGGGAGGGGGAGGGAUUAGGGGGAUGAUUGCCCGGAAACCAGGAACGGGAAUAACACUCGAAAUGUGAAUAAGAAAUACUCACUUUAAUUAAAAAAAAAUGUGGUGAUCACCAAAAAUAUAAAAGAAUGCAUACAGGAGAGAAACCCUGUGAAUGUAACCAAUGUGGGAAAGCGUUUGCAGAAAGCGGCUAACUCCGAAGACAUACAUGAACACAUACAGGAGAGCAACCCUAUGAAUGUAAUCAAUGUGGUAGAGCCUUUGCAGGAAGUAGUAAUAUCUAAGAACAUAAACGAAGACAUAUAGGAGAGAAACCCUGUGAAUGGAAAAAAUAUGCUACAGACUUUGCACAAAAGAGUCAUCUACAAAGACAACAGCAACCAUGCAGGAGAGAAACCCUUUACCUCUAACCAAUGUGCCAGAGCUUUUUCACAAAGCAGUGGUCUCUAAAAUCUUAAAAGUACACAUACAGGAGAGAAACUUUUUUGAACGCAACAAGAGUGGUUUUAUAACAUAAACACUCACAGCAGAGAAACCCAAUGAAUGUCUUAGAUGUUCUUAAGCCUGAGACAUCACAAGCAUCUGCAACUGCAUAACUGAACAUGUACUAGAGAAAAAUGCUUGCACUGUAACUAAUGUGGUAAAACCUUUCCCAAAACAGUCGUCUCCUAGCCCAUAAAAUAAUACACACUGCAUAGGAACCCUAUGAAUGUAAGAAAUGUGGCAAAGCUUUUGCAAAUGGUAGUGCUUUGCAAGUAAAUAAAAGAAGACACACUCAAUAGACACCCUAUGAAUAUAAUCAGUGUGAUUAUGCCUCUGUAUUCGAAUUAGCAAUCAUCUUUCACAUACAUAAAAGAAGACAAACAGGAGAGACCCCCUAUGAAUAUAAGCAAAGUGGUAACGCCUUCGCUUAUCAGUCAUAUUCAAAGGCACAAAAUAAACCAUAAUUUAGAAAAAUCCUUUGAGUGUAUUUAAUAAAACCUUGUGAGUGCAUUUAGCCUGGUGAAACCUUCAUGUAUUUCUAUAGACUUCACCAACAUGAAACAAUCCGUACCAGAUAGUAACUAUGUGAAUAGAUUUAAUAUGGGGAGGUCUUUUCAAUUCUCACAUAUCAUCAUCAGGGCAAAAAAAAAAGCUAUGAAGGCAUUGAAUAUGGUGAAGCCUUCGUACAUUUCUAAAGUCUUUAUCAUCAUGAAAAUAAUCAUGCUGUAAAGAUAUGACUAUAAACAAUGUGGAAAAGCCUUUGUGCAAUAGGGUUCUCUCAAAUACAACACAACUCAAACACAGGUGAUGAAAAUGGCAGGGAUUUAUUGUAAUAAUGCUGCUCCUGGAUCAUGGACAGAAAAUGAACUCAAAGCCUAAACUGUGACAAGUAAGACAUCCCCUAAUCACUGUGACGCAGAAUGUCAUAGAGCUGCCAUCCCAAAAUCAAAAUCUCUGACCCAGAAUCAUCCCUGUGUAAAAGAACUGGAACAGCAAAAAUGGAGAAGAGCCUGAGCAAAAGGAGGUCCAAAUUGGGUUCCAGCUCAGUGGGAGGCACCAAGAUCUGACACUAUGAUUCAGGCUAUGGUAUGCUUACAAACAGGGGCCUAUCAUGACUGCCUUCUGAAAGACCCUAGAAGCAGCUGAAAGAGUCAGAUGGAGACAUUUACACCCAACCAAUGGGCAGAAACUGGGGACCCCUGUGGUUGAAUUAGGAAAAACCUGAAGAGUGAGCCUAUAGGAAUACCAGCCGUGAGAAUUAACUUGGAACCCUGGGAUGUCUCAGACACUGAGCAACCAGCCAGGCAGCAUAUACAUGAUCAUAGGAGCCCUCUACACAUACAAUAGAGGACAUUUAGGUCUGGACCAUUUACAGAAGAUACACAUAUCUUCAGGAGACUUAGGGCAACACAGUGUGGGAUGGUGGGAUAGGGACAUCCUCUUGGGUGUUAUAGGGAGGAGGUGUGGGAUGUGGAACAGUCAGGGUAGACCGGGAGGGGGAUAACACUGGAAUGAAAAAAAAAUUGAUCAAUUAAAAAAUAAAGAGGAAACACAUCUGGGCCAAUUUCAGAUACAUUUUCCCACUGUCCAGAAUUUAGGGGUAGAUGCUUAUGUAGAUUAAAGUGUCAACUGUUUUAGGAUGUGGGUGUUACAGUUUAGUCAAUGAUAUUCGUUUGUUCUUUGGUGUUAGAGUACAAGUGUUGUGUUUUGAGGAGCAUGAGAUAAAUAGCUGGGGCAUUAUUAGAGACCGUCAUUAUGUUUUCAAAAACAAAAAGAUGAGUAAAGGAAGGUGGCCACCAGUGGGAAGUCCACAACUCCUGUCCACCUGGGAAUGUGAACUUAGUUUUACCAGAUGAUUAAAGGAGGGUGACUAAAAAAGGGAGGUAUUUUUGGGGCUGGGGCUUGUUUCUUUGUUGCUUCAUCCCAAUUGGUGUAGAUUGUUUGUAAUGUCCUCUAAUGCUAAAUUGGUUCCCAAAUUACAUGAGAAUCCUGCAUUUGAGACCUGAGACUACAUAUCCCCAGCACGUUCUUAUUGGUGAAAUUACAAGAGGCCAAUAUCUAGGAAGAGACAGAGGAAUCACUUUUGGAUUCAAGAGCAAGGAGGAUCACCAAACCAAGAAACGAAUUGGAUGCAGGCUUGAGAGCCGAGAAAGAUAGAGUACCCUCCAUGUAAGUGCCACAGAAGAGGACCCUCAGUGGUAUCGCCCUAAGUAGGUUUUCAGUAUCAAAGAUGUGAUAAAGAUUUUACUAAGCAAUCAAUCAGAACUUUUACAGGGGGGAGGGCAUUAGCAAUGUGGAAGUUUGGAAUGGCCCAGGCAAUGAGAUGAUUUAUGCAUUUUAAAUACAGAUCUGUAUGUGCAUGUGUGCUUGUGGUGGGUGGUUUGUGUGUGUGUGUGUGUGUGUGUGUGUGUGUGUGUGUGUUUGUGUGUGUAUCCUUCAUUUGAAAAUCCAUACCAUAGACUGUUGUGGAUAUGUACAUAGUUUUUAAAGUUCUGAGGUUCUUCAGAUACCAAAUAGGUACCAUUUGGUACUUCCACUUCAAGUAUGUCAUCAAAGGAGAUUAUCUAAAGAAUAUAGAUAAUGUAAAAGAAAUGAGAUGUAUUUUUAAUAAAAUAUUUAGUGUGUGUGUUUGUGUGUUUACUGUGAUAUGAGUUAUUAAGGCAUGUAAGAUUUUAAGACUGGGAGAAAAAAUUUUAGAUCCUAUUUAUACAGUGUUCAAACUUACGUUGUGAGAAUUACAUACUGUAGACAUUUCCUAUUGCAAAAAUAUGCAAAUAAAAUUAGCUAAAACAUUAUAGAAGUAAAA